UCCUCCUGUCGGUCGGUCGCUUCAGCAUCCACUCCCACUUCAACUUGAUCCGAAUCCGCCCCAGAGAUUAUGCGUUGACUCGCAUCGCUUCACCACCACAUACCUACACACAUACCUCGAUCAAUCAACACCUAUCUACCUACCUAUCUAUCCACCCUUCCCGCCAGCUAGCAUCCAGCACAGACCACGAUUAAUUUGCGCCACCAACGCCCACCCACCUCUGUAUAUACACAAUCCUACACCACUAUACCUAUAUCUAUAUCGAAAGUCGCAUCCGUAUCGCCAUGGCCAAACUCACCGAUUCGGCCAUCAUCGUCAUCGUCAUCGUGGUCUGUCUAGCCAUGGUGGCUUUGGGCGCCGCUCUCACGAAACAAUUCUGGCCCGAGGCCCCCCAACAACGAUACAAUUUUCCCGCCGAGCAGCAGUCGUAUAUGCGCACGGUUCGGUUGAAGAAUAUGGGCAUUUUUCAACGCGAGUCCAUGAAUGUUACUGGGAAGGCACCGGUGCCGGUCGCGAGGGAUGUGGAGUCGGGGUACUCGGAAAACGAAUCGUCGCAUUACUAGCCCUACCGUUGCGAACUGUUCUGCUUAAAAGCCAGCAUUGCGAUAACCUUGUAUGAUUGAUGACUACGCGA